AUGGGCGUCAAGCCCAAGCAUUACCUAACACAUCUCACAAUGUGGCAUACCGAUCACCCAGAGGUCAACACGUCAAAGAAAGCUAGGAUGCUGCUUGUUGAAGAACUCCUGCUGAAAGGUCCGACCGACCCUGAUCUACCAGAGUUCCAACUCCCUCAACAAGGAUUGCCUGGCUGCAAAAGUCACUACUUCGCAGUCAUCUCGCCAGCUGAGAUCGAAGAGGAGAAAGACACGCUCCGACGCCGUGACAUGGCCGCGCAGCUGCCGGAGGCGGAGUACAUGCGCGCUCAAAUCGAUGAAGCGCUAGAGCAGGGAGAACAAAAAGCUAGAGCUUUUGAAGACAGGAUCCUGGACAACGCUGCGCCGACUGAGGUCUCACCGUGGCUGGAAAUGACGCGCUGGCCGAAAUAUCUCCAGGGACACUUGUUUAUCAAUAUCGCCCGUCUCGCAAGCCCUGUCAGUCUACUUUCAGAGCCUCUCCUCGUCGAGUUCUCUGACAACCUGGACCACGUCGUUGAGCAAGCGCAUACUUCCAUAUGGGACGACAAAGUCAAUGUCUUCGAUCAAGCGCGCAUCAACAGUUUCAUCCAGCGCAGGCGAGCGUUUCACCGGCCACUGAUGAUCGAACUGCGCGACUCGACGUAUCGAAGUUAUAAGCAAGUCUUCAAAAGGCUGAUCUGUUUUGCAUAUCGGACUAUGCAGUCGGAGAAUCGCAUCGAGCUGGCCCACCGUUUGACUGCUCGCCAGCUAGGGCAUCUCGAUAAGAUGAUAACUAUCGGCGAAGAACUUAAAGGGCUGAAGCAUAGUCAACAGACAAGAGAUGGCGACAAGCAAGGCCCCAAUGCUCCGCCAAAAUCUUUAGAAAGCCACCUCGACCGAGCUUGUCUAUACUUCUGUAUCUCCAUACUCAAUCACACGCUCAAAGGGGAUCUUCUUGAGAGAACAGCAAUAGGGUUCCUUGCCGCAUUGGGAGUGGAUCCUGAGGAACAGAAUCUUCGAGACGCAUCUUCCUUCACAUCGUACCUGUCUGCUUUCGUUGAGAUAUCACAGAUGCUGGUCAUCCUGAUGUCGGUUCUGGUGGCAGAAGAGGGCCAGAUUGAGCAUCGGUCAGACGUGCUAGACGAGAUGCGCGAGCGUUUUAUGAUCCAUGGAAGUCGGUCACCGUUCAAUUGGGUACUACGUCUACGAGGGUAUGGCAAAAAGAUUAGGAACAGCUCUACAAGCCUAGGCUAUAUCUACUGGUCUGAUGACCACGAGCGCCUUACAUACAAACAGCUUGAGCUAAGCAUAGCUGAUUUCAAAAAAUUUGCCGCCACCCAGGUAGAGCUGGCACAAUCUGAGCUGGAGCAGCUCUUUCUGAUUCACAGCGACGAAGAGUGA